AUGCUGGGCACCACGCAGUCUGCAGGCCAGCCAAGGCCGCAGAUGCCAUCAACACGGUCAAAACAAUCAAAAUCGAAACAACAACAAUACCAAUUACAACGACAACAACCAUACUCAUUCUUCACAUCCUACCUCCUCCUCUACCUCCGUCUAUUCUUCUGCCUAUUCUUCUCCGUUGUCAUCCUCUCCUCCACCUCCUUCCCGUCGCCCCACUCGUUGUCACCAGACUGGCAGGGUGAGCCCGCUCACUCUGGCAGCCUGGAAUGUUCGUCCCCUUUUAGACAAUCCGAGGAACAACCGACCGGAACGGAGGACGGCGCUAGUGGCACGAGAACUGGCGCGCUACAAGGUGGACAUCGCCGCACUCAGCGAGACCCGAUUCUCCGAACAAGGCCAACUGGAGGAGGUGGGUGCCGGUUACACCUUCUUCUGGAGUGUUCGACCCAGGGCAGGGCGGCGAGACGCGGGUGUCGCCUUCGCCAUCCGGACCGACAUCGUGGGACGACUGCCCUGUUUGCCGCAGGGAAUCAACGACCGCCUGAUGAGUCUCCGCCUGCCUCUCCGGCGAGGAGGCAAGUUCGCCACCAUCAUCAGCGCCUACGCUCCGACGAUGACCAGCCCCGAUGCCGCCGCAAGAGACAACUUCUACGAGGACCUGCACGCACUCUUGGCGACUGUGUCGAAGGUGGACAAGUUGAUUGUCCUUGGCGACUUCAACGCCCGCGUCGGCACAGACUAUACUGCCUGGAGGGGAGUGCUGGGUCCUCACGGUCUCCGCGGCUCCAACGACAACGGCCUGCUUCUCCUCCGCACCUGCGCAGAACACCGCCUCAGCCCGACGAAUACCUUCUUCUGUCUGCCGGUGCGAGAGAAGGCCACCUGGAGGCAUCCUCGGUCGCGCCAGUGGCACCUGCUGGACUAUGUCCUCGUCCGGAGGCGAGACCAGCGGGACGUGCUGGUGACGAAGGCGAUCGCGGGUGCUGACGGGUGGACCGACCAUCGCCUCGUCAUCUCGAAGAUGCGUAUUCGCCUACAGCCUCGCAGGAGACCACAAGGUAAGCGACCCCCAGGUAAGCUGAAUGUUGCUUUGUUGUCUUUGUCCGCUCACCGUCUUCAUUUCAGCAAUGAGCUAGCUCAACGGCUAGACAACCUUCCUGUCGCUGCCACCGACAACGCCGCCGCCGCUGCCGAGAUCGCCUCCGUGAAGAACCGCUGGUGUCAACUGCGAGACACAGUCCAGUCGACGGCGCUCGCCGUCCUCGGUCGCGCUCCCCGCCAACACCAGGACUGGUUCUACGACAACGACGCUGCCAUCAGAAAUCUGCUUGCAGAGAAGAACCGCCUACACAAAGCCUACGUAGAUCACCCCACUGAUGCCAACAAAGCCGCUUUCUACCGCAGUCGCCGCCAACUUCAGCAACGACUGCGCGAGAUGCAGGACGCCUGGACUGCUCGCAAAGCUGAGGAGAUCCAAGGCUACGCGGACCGCAACGAAUGGAAGAACUUCUUCUCCGCGAUCAAAGCUGUCUACGGUCCGCCGACGAAGGGCACCGCUCCUCUCCUCAGCGCCGACGGCAGCACUCUCCUGACUGAGAAGACGCAAAUCCUACAGCGAUGGGCCGAGCACUUCCGAGGCGUCCUCAACCGCCCUUCCGUCAUCUCCGACGCCGCCAUCGAGCGUUUGCCGCAAGUGGAGACCAACGUGGACCUCGACCUCCCGCCAUCUCUCCAGGAGACCAUCAGGGCCGUGCAGCAACUCUCCAGCGGAAAAGCACCCGGAUCGGACGCAAUCCCUGCUGAGGUCUACAAGCACGGAGGUCCCCAACUGAUGGAUCACCUGACUGCCCUCUUCCAGGAGAUGUGA